UUUUUGACAUUUUCUCCACCUCCUUCGUUCUACUCAAAAUCACUCAUUUUCCCUGAAGUCUCCAUUUGCCUACUUCGAAAAAUGGCUAUCGCUAAUCUGCAGAGAUUCGCUUCACGAAUCGCUCGAAACCCUUCAAUUUCUUCCUCCUUCAGAGCUACAAUCGCUCGAUCUUCCGCCACCGCAUCCUCAUCUCCAUCCCGCUCCGGUUCCGCCAAAGUCGCCGAUCGGAUCGUUAAGCUCUUCGCCGUUGACCCGGACGGCCAUAAACGUGAGAUUAUCGGACUCUCGGGUCAAACACUCCUCAAAGCCCUAACAAAUCACGGGUUAAUUGAUCCGGAUUCUCAUCGCCUUGAAGAUAUCGACGCGUGCUCUUCCGAGUGUGAGGUGCACAUUGCUCAGGAAUGGCUCGAGAAGCUUCCAGAAGCUUCCUAUGAUGAACAGUAUGUUCUCAAGAGGAAUUCUAGGGCUAGGGUUUUGAACAAGCAUUCGAGGCUCGGUUGUCAGGUGGUACUCUCACAAGAGCUUCAAGGAAUGGUUGUGGCAAUUCCUGAGGCUAAGCCAUGGGAUAUUCCAUAAAAGGUUACACUACCCCCUCCUCAAAGUUUGAUUCUACUUUUGCAAUACCAUGGUCAGAUUCUUGGGUGGAUUUGUCAACUCAAUGAUCCACUCAAUCUGAUGACACAAGCUUGCAAGAAAGAAUUGUACUGGCACAUCUCAUCAACCAUUUUAGCAUAGCAACUUAUAAUAUGCUUUCAAAUUCUUCAUUGAGUUUCCUAUUUGCUUGGGAUCUUGUUCUGGUGCUUAUCUAUUUCAGUAUUCGACUUUCUUUUUUCUGAAUACUUGGAGCAAAAGCACUCUAUCCAAAACAAAUCAUGUUUCUAGGCAAUAUCUUUGUUUUCGAGAGCAAUGCGAUUUUGUUUCCUGUA